UUGUAUUACCCAAUUGACACGUAAACGCUGAAGUAUUUUUGCUGAUACACCUUGGCCCAUGGGAUCAACCAAAUUAUUUCUCACAAACUCCAUAAAUUGAAGGGGGACGCCUCUUCGGUUCAAUCUAUCGUUUAUCGUUUGUUUGUUUGUAAAUAAAUUGAGUGAAAAAGCGCCGGGCGGAACUGCUCUAGGGUACGGUUUUGUCAUUUUUUUCUGUUUGUUUUCGAUCGAAACGAUGUCGUCGUCGAAGAAGAUCACUUUGAAAAGCAGCGACGGUGAGCCCUUUGAGGUGGACGAGGCGGUGGCUCUCGAGUCUCAAACGAUCAAACACAUGAUCGAGGACGAUUGUGCUGAUAAUGGUAUCCCGCUGCCUAAUGUGACGAGCAAGAUCCUGGCCAAAGUGAUCGAGUACUGCAAGAAGCACGUUGAGACUCCCAAGUCUGAUGAUCGCAGCAGCGCCGCCGAUGAGGAGCUCAAGAACUGGGACGCCGAGUUCGUGAAAGUUGAUCAGGGCACGCUUUUCGAUCUCAUUCUGGCUGCCAACUAUUUGAACAUCAAGGGCCUGCUGGACCUGACAUGCCAGACUGUUGCAGACGUGAUCAAGGGAAAAACCCCUGAGGAGAUCCGGAAGAUAUAUAACAUCAAGAAUGAUUUCACCCCUGAGGAGGAGGAAGAGGUUCGUCGGGAGAUCCAGUGGGCAUUUGAAUGAGGUGCUUAUGGGGUGGUUUAAGGUCGCAAGGCUGGAAUAUUUUGAUGGACUAUGUUGGUUGUAAAUGAACUUUGUCUGUUUAAACCGCAGAUGAAUUAGACUUUUAAACCAACCUUGGUUUCGAUUCCUGCUUUGAACUUGUGGGCGCAUUUAAAUGUGAAUAGUACUUGGACUCUGUUGGGGGAGGGAUUGGUAGUGAAUGGGAUUCCCUCAGUAGAUUCUUGACUGGUUAUCAACGUGGUCUGUUUUAGCAGUCUACAUUUUAAAUCUGGUCUUUUCCCUUAGUCUUUGUAAGUCAUACAUCUAUUGAAUUGGAUAUGGUGUCCUUGCUGGCGAUACCAUAAUCUGCAGGGAUUCACUGACAUACUGUGAUAUGUCUUUGAAAAGUCCCGCAGAAUAUGUUACUUACCAGAAGGGCUGAAUCUUGCACA